CAGAAAACGAUCGUUAUCGAUAUAAAUGUAUCGAAAUUUGCAAGUCCAACAUAUUGUUGCCUUCCACGUGCGCGCGCGCUGACGCCAAUUGACAACGACAACAUAUCAAUAAAGAUGAAUGCCUUCCAGCCACUUAAUGUGCGACGAUUUCAACAGAAGGCGCAAGUAGUCACGCCCGACACAAUUUACUGGGAUCGCUUAGCGAAACCCGAGCUGCUGAAGGAGCACACAACGAUAGACUAUAUAGACUUCAGUCCCAGUGAUCCUUGCAACUUUGUGCUGACCUGUUCGGUGCGUGUACAAAUCUAUAACCUGGUGACCAAGCUUGUGGUCAAGAACUUGUCACGUUUCCAAAAGACCGCAUACGGUGCGACUUUUCGUCAGGAUGGUCGUCUCUUGGUCGCCGGUGACGAAGAAGGACAUGUGAAACUCUUCGACACGACCAGCCGUAAUAUAUUGCGCUUGUUCAAGGGUCACAAGGCUCCCGUUCAUCGCACCUUCUUUACCGCCGACAAGCUGCACCUGGCAAGCUUUGCGGAUGACAAAUCCGUCCGACUCUGGGAUGUGGCCAACGAGAAGGUGGUGCAAACAUACGAAGAUGCCCACACCGAUUACAUACGUGCCGGUGCAAUGCAUCCACAGGCAUCUCACAUGUUCAUUUCCGGCGGCUACGAUGGCAAAAUCAAUUUAUAUGAUACACGCGCCGAGCAAGCCAUUACCCAGACUUUAGAUCAUGGCAGUCCCGUGGAGUCGAUGCUGUUUCUGCCUAAUGGCUCGAUAUUCAUCACGGCCGGUGGCACACAGGUGCGCGUAUGGGACUUGAUAAGCGGUAGUCGGCUGCUGACGACGAUGUCGCAGCACCAUAAGACCAUCACCUGUCUGCGCCUCGGCUCUGAUGGUCGACGCCUGUUGUCCGGCGGAUUGGAUCGUCAUGUAAAGAUCUACGAUGUGAGCACCUAUAAAACGGUGCAUACCCUCACCUAUCCAAAUGCUGUUGUUAGCCUGGGCGUUGCUGCCAAAGACCAGGCUGUUGUUGCCGGCAUGGUCGAUGGCCUCGUCUCCAUUAAGCGCAUGAUUGUCGACAGCAAACCGAGUCACCUGAAACAGAUCAAGGCCAGCCAGCGGCACAAGCGUUCCCAGAAGACGACACGUCCCAGUACCACUGUUAAUGUCGAUCACGUCAUAACUGAGAGAAGGAAAACUCCCAAGCUGCAGGAAUUCGAUCAUCAUCUGCGCAAAUUUAACUACAAAAAGGCGCUCGACUGUGUCUGCACGCCGACAAAUUUAGAGCAAUUCCCGGAGAACAUUGUGGCCGUCGUUACGGAGCUGCAGCAUCGCAGCGCGCUUCAAGCUGCACUCACGGAUCGCAAAGACAUUACGAUAAUCAGAUUCAUAAACUUCCUGUGCGAUCAUUUGGGCGAGGUGCGAUUUAUGCGUACGCUGUUGAAUGCAGCCAGCGCGGUGAUGGAUGUAUUUGAGAACAAUACCUUUAACUACAAUAAACAAAUGGUCGCAGCCUUGGAGCGACUUAGAGCAACGAUGGAAUCGGAAGUGCAGCUCACCUGUCAACUGCUCGAGAUCAAAGGUGCCCUCGAGAUGAUCAUUGGCGGGGCCAUUGACAACAAUGAGACAAGCUCAAAGCCUAUCUACACUCAGCCAAAUCCAACCAAAAUGCAUCCCUCUAAAGCCGCCUCCAACUACGUAGUCAUUGUCGAUUGAUCGAUUGGUCGAUUGACCGACUUAUCGAUCGAUCCUAUGUCCUAAGUCUAAUUUCUAGCUUUAGUUUUACUGCAGUGAAAUCUUGCUCUAUUUAUGUUUGCAUUUCAUUCAUUUACUUAAGCUAAUGUUUCGAUAAAUUGUACAAAGCUAAAUUCUCUUUCGCUUUAGUUAUUUGUUAGCCAAGCCUGGAAAUGUAAUGCAAAAAAGAGAAAGAUUUACGAAGUUGGUCUGAUAAACGUACGACC